AAAAUAAAAAUUAAAGACACUAAUUAAAAUUAAAAAAAAAAAAAUAAAUAAAUUAAAUAUGAAAAAAUGAAGGUGACAGUUUGCUUCGACAGUGUUAGGGUAGUGGUCCCAUGCGGGGACGGCAGCUUGCUAGUAAAAGACCUGAUGCGCGAAGCAAUAAUCCGUUACCGGAAAGCAACAGGAAAAUUAUCAACAGACGGUCCAGUGAUAACAAGCCUAUCCUCAUUGACCGGCGGAGGUUUACUGGACCCAGACGACAGAUUGUGUGAUGUAGCGGACGACCGGGAGCAGAUAAUCGCGCACCUAGCCACGGGAGAUAACCACGGCGACGGAGCAAGUUCCGUUGGAACAAACAGCCCGGACUUCUUCGGGGAUAAGGAAGUGCGCUACCGUGACCACCGUACCCUAGGUAACAUAAAGCGCGAGAGUGUAAAGAGGUUAUCAAUGCACGCUUUAUCUAACAGAGAGCAUAUGGCUUACAACGCGCUCUCGCUUCCCCGAGAACUGCGCAGACGCGAGCCAUUAGGCCAAGAUGCGCCAUCUUUUGAGCGUCCGGAGCGUACUGAGGUCCAGGAAAUUGUAAUUAAGAACGAACCUGGACUUCUUGGGGUUGAUAUGAUGCCCUGCUAUGAUCUUCAGGGUAAUGAUCAAGGAUUAAAGGUCCAGAAGAUCUAUCCUAAUGGCAGGAUAGCCAAAGACGGGAGAAUUGAAGUUGAUGAUAAGAUUAUUGGGAUUAACGGCCAGAAUUUGCUAAGGUUGCACUUCCAAAAGGUCCAGGAGAUCCUCAGGUCUUGUACUAACGACCCCUGUUUGAAAAUUUCGGUCGUUAAGGCUAAAAAGUCUGAACCGGAGGAAAUGCAAAAGAAGAUUUCCUCUUAUAAUGUCCUACAGAGUGCUAACACUAGGAAAAUUGGUCGGAUGAUUGAAAUUGAGCUUACUAAAGGCAGCGAAGGCUUGGGGUUCAGUGUAACUACUAGAGACAACCCAGCCGGUGGACAUAUGCCGAUUUAUAUUAAGAAUAUUCUGACUAAAGGCGCUGCGGUCAAUGACGGACAGCUUAAAUCUGGAGAUAGAUUGCUUAAGGUCAAUGAUAUUGAGAUGACUGGCAAGAGCCAAGAUGAGGUGGUUAAUUUUUUAAGGAACAUUCUUCCCGGAGGAAAGGUUAGAAUUGUUGUUUCCCGGCAGGAAGAUAGCUCUAGUAACUUGAAUGAUUACAAUUCUAACUCUGGACAAAGAGAACAAGCUAUCCAACCUGUUCAGGAAAGAAUUGGGUGGAAGACACCCAAUUCUUCACCCAGUAAAGAAAGGGAAGAAAAGAUUGAAGUUCUAAAGUCCCCUAAGAAGAAAGUUAAGCAUAUUCACUUAGACAUUCCAGUUUUUGACUCUGAAAAAGCAGGAUUGGGUGUUAGUGUUAAAGGAAAGACUUCCAAUGAUCCUAACUUGAAUCAUGACCUAGGGAUAUUUAUUAAGAGUGUUCUGCAUGGUGGAGCUGCUUCUAGGGAUGGAAGGUUGAUGACCAAUGAUCAGUUACUAGAGAUUAAUGGGGAGUCUUUAUUAGGACUGAGUAAUUCUGCAGCUAUGGAUACUUUAAGGCGGGCGAUGAUUAAUAGCAAGAGUGCUACUACUGGGAUUAUUAGUUUAAAGAUUGCGAGGCAAGUCUCGGGGAAUUUUGAGGAUAAGGGAUAUCAAGAGGAGUUGAUUAGUGGAUUGGGUGGCUGCAAAGUGGAAACCGCUAACAGUAUUUAUAUUGAUGAUAAAGAAGGGAGAGAUGGGUUGGAUAAUGGGAAUCUAAGCCCGGUUUGGAAUCCGGUUAUUGAUAGACUUACUGAGCAGUAUAAUAAGAAUUCUAGAAAUGAGAGCUAUUGUUUGGCUACUAAUAAGACCUGGAGGGAAUCUAUGAGCCACAAAUUGUUCACUAGAGCGGAAAAUAUUCUUUUGGAAGAUUCUAAUGACAAAAGAGCUUCGGAUAAAGACAGUCAGUAUACAGACGAUCCGACUUAUGAUAGCCAAUUGUCGCUGGAGUUCCCUGAGUCUUCAGGAAAGUUCGCUAGAGAUGCUGUGGGGAGACAGAGCAUGUCCGAGAAAGGACACGCGACUUUAGACGCUAAAAAUACGGAUACUUAUAAGCGAAAUAAGAAGUUAAAGGAGAAUAAGGAAGAUGAGGAUAAGCCGCCUUCUGCGGAAGUAGCAGCAGCUGCUGUUUCUAGGGAGAUCAAUCCGGGAAAUGGGAGCGGUGUGGUAACAGAAUCUACUUCCUUUGAAGCCACCAGGCGGCGCUUUGAGAAAAAGGCUAAUGAGACGGAGCUACAGGUUAUGAAGCCAAGGAAGCACUGGCUAGUUGAUGAUGGGAAUACUUUUUAUUCUCAAGGAAGGGAAGAAGGGGGGUUCGAUAAUUCUAGGGGAGAUGUUAAACAGGCUUCCCUUAAUGCGCUGGAUAAGAGGAGCAAGAAGAAGGGAAAAGUCUCCGCGAUACUGAGACUGGUUAAGAAUCGCAAGAGUCUUAAUUUAGGGGAUAAUAUUGAGUCGAGGGAUAAUAAUAAUUAUAUGAGUGGAACGAUCAAUUACAUUCAGUAGGUGUAAGUCCUAGGUAUUAUUAAAACGUUCCAAAGUGCCUUAUAUAUAUAUGUUUUAUUAUAUAUGUAUUGAUUAGUUUUAGAUGGUGGAUUUUUUGUAAAAGACAUUUUUAGUAUUAAUCGAAUAUUACUAGUGUAUAUAUUUAUAUCUAGGUAGAUUUAUUAUUUUUGUUUUUUACUCGAUUUAAUUAACAUUAUUAAUUAUUGUACAUGUACAUGCAUCAUGUUACUGAAUAAAUACGUAUUUUUUUUAGCACUAA